AUGGCGGAAAAAAAUGUGGGAAAUACAAAUGCUGGAAAUGAAGAGCUUGUUUUUCUUGCAAAUGCGAUCAAGGAGGGUAGAAAAAGGCGACUUAAGAUGCAGUUGGCAUUAAACAACCUUGCUGCCAGGAGAAGACGAGUUUUGAAUUUGGCUUGCCUUGUAUUAUUGCUUAUUUCCCAUAGGAACGUCACAGUUCCUCGUCCAGUUCAUUCGUGUCGUCGGCUAAAAAGAAAUUCUGGCUGGUGGGAAAAUGUUUGCAACACCUAUUCAGACGCAAGAUUCGAAAAAACCUUCAGAGUAUCUAGGGGGACAUUUAAUUUCAUCCUGAGACGUAUUGAACCCUUCCUUAUUCGGCAAACUGUGACGGAAGAACCGAUACCACCAGCGCUGAGGCUUGCUAUUUGUCUGUAUAGACUAAGCCGAGGAGAUUAUUUCUAUACCAUCGCCGAAAUGUCUGGACUAGGCGUCUCCACAAUUUCCUCAAUUUGUCAGGAAGUCUGUCAAGUCUUGGUGGACCAUUUAUGGAACGAGAAUGUGUCAAGUCACAUGCCCCAAACUGAAGAAGAGUUUAAACAAAAAAUUCUCGACAUGGAAGAAUUCUGGCAAUUUCCAUGCUGUUGGACAGCAUUGGAUGGCUGCCAUAUUCCUAUGAAAUGCCCGCCUGGAGGACUUCAGUCAUGCAAAGAGUACCAUAACUUUAAAAAUUUCUAUUCCAUUGUACUGAUGGCAAUGGUAGACUCACAUUACAGAUUUGUGUGGGGUAGCUGCAGGUUUCCAGGAAAUUCUCACGACGCAAUUAUUUUUAGAUCAACCGACCUUUGGACCCGUAUCCAAGAAGGCCUCAUUCCAGUAAUUGGAAAAACUGUAGGAGAUGUUACUGUUCCACCACUUGUAGUGGGGGACUCUGCAUUCCCUCUACGAACAUGGUUGAUGAAACCAUAUACUAAUGCAAUUCUGACCCCCAAGCAACGUUACUUUAAUUACCGCUUGUAA